AAAUGAAAUCAAUUGCACGGGUCUGAAAGGAUUAAAGGAGUUUCAUUUUCUGCUUCGUCUCUUCAUCCACAGUGCCUGCGACAGGAAGCCCACUCCCGGGUUCAAGCCAUUAACUCCCCCCUCGACACCCGUCUCCCCCUGCGGCCCCACCAGCACAGCAGCAACACACCCACUGAGUGAGCAGACCCCCCCUCCUCACCCCCAUGUAGCCAACCAGACCCCACGUCCAGUGCACAUACAGCAGCCUCUAACGGGCUCUCCCAACCAGCAAGCACUCCCAGUCCACAGCCACAGCCCGCCCUUCGCCGUGCCGUGUGCACCACUCAACCAGGAUGCCAACACCUUCACACCUGAGCACAGGUUCCAGCGGCAGAUGUCAGAGCCAUGUCUACCUUUCCCCCCGUCAGAGAGUCAGGGGCGCCCCCAGUUCCUGCCGCAGCCUCCCAGCAGCAGCGGCAACAGUCUGCCACGCGACGGCCGGCCACCGUACCACCGCCAGAUGUCAGAGCCGUUGGUAGCCGUGCCACCCCAGGGUUUCAAGCAAGAGCUCAUCGACCCACGAUACACAGAGCAGGGCGUACCCACCAUGGGGCCUCCGGGUCCGCCCCCGGGCCCCCCGCGCCAGGCUGCGUUCCACCCCAUGGCCAUCAAGCAGGAGCCUCGCGACUUCUGCUUCGAUUCUGGUGAGUGGAGUUUUGGGAAAGAUGUCUGUAAAUCAGUCGAUACAUUUUUGUGAAUAU